GCCUUCUUCCAUGCUGCAUUGCGAAUUUUUCCCGCGAAAACGAAAAGAGGAAAUCGUCCAGACCGGUGUCCAAAUCAUCCUCAAGCUUUCUAUCUUUUUUCGGAGUUCAGUAUGGCAGUGUGAGUUUCCGAGUAGAAAUUCUGAUCUAGAAAAUGUCAGUGCGUCACGGAAUCCAUUAGGCCUCCGUCCUGUUGGACAAAGAACGCGGAUUUUGUGUCGGCAGCCAUAUCGCCCCCCUCCCCAUACCUGUUGGAAAUGCACAUGUGAGAGACUUUGACGUUGUUGUUGUAGCACCGUUCUGUUUGAGAGGACUGCGUUGUCGAUAUGGACCCUUCAGAAGUAGAAUUCCUGGCUGAGAAGGAGAUGGUACACAUCGUGCCCAACUUCUCCAUGGACAGGAUGUAUCUUAUUGGGGGUGAUAUCGGUCCCUUCAACCCCGGUCUCCCUGUGCAGAUCCCCCUGUGGAUGGCCAUCAACCUGAAACAGCGACAGAAGUGCAGGAUACAGCCUCCUGACUGGAUGGAUGUGGAAAAACUACAGGAGAAAAAAGAAGAAGAAGAGGGCUCAGAGUUCUUCAAGCCCAUGCUGAACAAGCAUUACAUGGAAGUGGCACAACUCUUACUCACACAUGCAACAGAUGAUAUCCCGAGGGCAGAUGAGGUCAGGACUCUGAUCAAGGAUAUCUGGGACAUCCGGACAGCCAAGCUGCGCACCUCUGUGGACAAGUUCGUCUCAGAGCAGGAAUCCCACGCUCAGCUGGAUGACCUUUCUCUGAUGGAAAUCAACACGAUGAGACAGUUCCUGACACAGGCACUGGAUCACAUGCACCAACUGCGAGCACCACAAGGGGGCGCCACUCAACAUACACAGGAAUGACACAGAACUUGUGCCUCUUUUUAUGAACUUUUCUCUCUAUGGGAAGAAUGGGUGAUCUUCUGUGUAUCAUUGAUCAUCAUGUCAGCAUAUAUAUGACUUUUGCUGAAAUUUAAUACCAGAAUGGUAUAGGAUUGGAUAUAUGUAUUUUUAAUUUCUGAUUCUCAGUGAGUCUAUGGGACCAACUGUUAGAAUUUGUGACUAAAGUGUGUAUGCAAGAAUGGAGUGGUAUUGUAUACUAUAUAGAGUUUGAGUUAACUGUAUACUGUAUACUAAGGAGAUAGUAUUUACCAAUUAUGUAUGUACCAAAAGAAAAUCUAUGUACAGGGUCCCACCCUUCUUUUUGAAAAUUGUAGCACAGAUUUCCAAAGAAUUUAUUGUAAUGAGACAAAAGAGGCCCUGUUAAUACAGCUUGAAAUGUAAGCUUGAUAUUGAUAAGCUUUGUAUGGCUGCCCCUUGUUGCCAUUUUGUUUUGUACUUUUUCAUUAGAAAGAUUGGUAGUAA